AUGCCAAUGGCCGUUGGACAGUCGGUGACCGGUUUAUGGCUGUACGGCGAGACUAUGUGCAAAUUGACAUCGUAUUUACAAGGUGUUUCAGUUGGAGCAAGCGUUUUUACUAUAGCUGCAAUGAGUAUAGAUAGAUAUUUGGCUAUCGAACAUUCGAUGUCAUUCAGAAAAGUACUCAAUCGAAAAUCAACCAUAUAUGUCAUACUUGCUUUAUGGCUUGUGUCCAUGACUAUAUUCGGCCCAGUUUUAUGGGUUCGUCAAACAGAAUCUGUGGAGUUGGGAGAUGAUCCAAUUUUAAUCGAUGCUGUCCAUAGAUAUGGUUUGGCUUGGUGUAUAGAGGACUGGGGACACCCGCACGCAAAAUCUACGUUAUCUAAACACGUUUAUGGUAUUCUGUGUUUUGUUCUGGUGUAUGCUACACCUGGAUUUCUAGUUACUGGAGCCUACACAUUGAUGGGUCGGAGACUAUGGGCAGUACGACCACCGUUUGAUGACCAGCAGGGCAUGAUAAGUGUUCAACAGGUCAGAAUGGUACGAGAGAGACGUAGGGUAGCAAGAAUACUCUUUUUCUUAGCAGUUAUAUUUGCAUUGUGUUGGUUACCAUACAACUUAUUAACACUUUUUUUAGAUUUAGACAUCACACUUGAUAAAUUUGGUCUAGAUCAGGAGUAUUUAAUGAAGUGGUAUCCAUUUACACUUCUUUUAGGCCAUGCUAAUUCAGCAAUCAACCCUUUGUUGUAUUGUUUUAUGACAAGGAAUUUUCGAAGAACAAUCAAGGGUUUUGUAUGCAACACUGGAAUUGCGAAGCCGAGAAGAAGAAAUCGAUGCAAAAAAGGGCUGACCGAGAAAAGCACAACAAGUGGAUACGGCUCGUUCCGCAACCCACGUCGGCUGUGUUUCACCCUGGCCCAACUACGCCAAAACAAUACAGUCCAAACACGAACUGCAACGAUAUCAAACCUUGCUGUUCUGUAA